UCAAUCAUCUUUGCGAUGAUAAAAAUGGGUGAAAGUGUUUCGUUAUUCCGUUUAAAAUUAUUAAUAUUAAUUUAUAUUAUACAUUUGGAUAAAUGUUACUCAAAUGAAAUAUUAGGCUGUGGAGGCUUCGUUAAGAGUCAUGUUAACUUAGAUGUAUCGAAUAUUGAAAUAGGACUGUAUACGAAAGAAGAUAGUCUUUUAGAGAAAACUGAAUGCGCGCCGACAAAUGGAUAUUAUUUCUUACCGCUUUACGAAAAAGGCGAAUAUAUUUUAAAAGUGCAUCCUCCUGCAGGAUGGAGUUUCGAGCCAUCGCAAGUUUACCUUAAUGUUGAUGGUGAAACAGAUAAGUGUUCGACGGGCCAGGAUAUUAACUUCUCUUUUAAUGGUUUUGGUAUAACUGGCAGGGUAAUUACUCUCGGUCAAAAGCAGGGACCAAGUGGAAUUGCUGUUCAAUUGGUGAAUGACAAGGGUGAAGUGAGAAAUACUGUAACAAGCAUUAGUGGAGAUUUCCAUUUUACUCCUGUUAUUCCUGGAAAAUAUGUGCUAAAGGCAUCUCAUAGCAAAUGGAAGUUGGAGCCCUCUCAAGCUAAUGUACAAGUAAAAGAGGGAAAUACUGUGUUACCUGAAGGUGUCCUGGUGGUGAAGGGUUAUGAUGUUACUGGCUCUAUCAUUUCAUUUGGUAACCCUAUCAGUGGUGUUUAUGUCCUUUUGUACUCAAAAGAGGAUAAUCCUAAGUUCAGAGUUGAGGGUUGUAAGACUGCUCUGCUACAGGGAGUGCCAGACUCGCCAAUUUGUUAUUCAGUCUCUGACUCAUCAGGAGAAUUCAGCUUUGGUCUAGUCCCAGCUGGAGAAUACAAACUGUUGGCUAUGACUAAGAGCCCCGGGCAGGCUACCAUGACCUACAACAUAAAACCUGAUGUAGUACCAUUUAUUGUGCAGCAUGAUAGCCUAUACAUCAAGAAUGCUUUUGAGGUGACAGGAUUCAACAUAAUGGGAACAGUACUAGAAUCCAAAGGUGGCAGCUCCAUGGCAGGUGUCCAAGUGGCCCUGAGUGGUCAGGCUGUAGCGACAACUGAUUCAGCUGGGAAGUUUACUAUUAAUGCUCUUAAACCUGGGGUCUACAAUGUAGCAUUCCGACAUGAGCGCUGCGAGUGGGAUGAGUUUGAGUUAUCAUUAUCACCGAGUGGGCUAGUGGUUGGUGCUGGUGCAGCAGGGCUGCAGGUUGAGGUGUCUCGCUGGCGAGUCUGUGGCGCUGUAUCGCCGCCGGCCCCGCGUCGCGUCACCCUCGUGGCUGACUCCAACAAGCACCCCUUCCACGUUACAGCUGCCACUGACGGGAAAUGGUGCUUGUAUCUACCUCCUGGUCCAUAUUCUGCAUAUGUUGAGGUGACUGAUCAAGAAAAAAGGGAUGGAUUGCAGUACUACCCGGAGCGGCAACGCGUGACAGUGGGCGGGUCGACUGGGGAGGUGCGAUUCUCCCAGUUGCGCGCGCGCGUCUCCGGGCGCGUGGUCAUACCGCAGCACCUGCGCGAGUACGCCGCGGACGUGGCCGUGCGGCUGCGGCCGCUCGCCCCCGACGGCGAGUACGCGAGCGACGCCGGCGCGCUCGCGGUCACGCCCGACGCGGAAGGCAACUACCAGUUCAAGGACGUGCCCCCCGGCAGCUUCGAGGUGUCGGUGAGCGGGGAGCGGCUGUGCUGGAGCGAGAGCGCGCACAACAUCGGGGUGGCGACGGAGACGCACGCGACGCCCGAGCUGCGCGCGGUCGGGCUGCGCCUGCGCGUGUGGUCGUCGCACGCCACGCAGCUGGAGUACCGCAGCGCGGCCGGCGGCGGCCGGUGGGCGGCGCCCGCGGGCGACAGCGUGCAGUGUGCGCCGCGCGCCGCGACCUACACGCUCACGCCGCGCGGCUGUCACCGCAUGCGGCCCGACCACCUCACUGUCGCCUUCAGCCCGAACGAAGUUGCGUCAGCGCGGUUCAAGGCGGUGGCCCACGCGGCGACCGUCCGCGUCCUGUCCCCGGAGCCCGGCGCCGACAUCUCGCUGCAGCUGACGUCAGACGCGGGCUCGCACACGCUGCGCUUGGCCACGCCCACCCGCGGCGACACCGGCUAUGUGUACGAACACACCUUGUAUCUGGCUGAGGGCGAGGCGGUGGCGGUGUCGGCGUGGUCCCCGCAGCUCGUGGUGCGGCCGGCGGCGGGUCGCGUGCUGGGCGCCGCCCACUGCCAGCCCGAGGCGCUCACGCUCCGAGCGGCGCGCGGCGUGCUGCUGGCGGGCCGCGUCACGCCGCCCGUGGCCGGCGUGACCGUCACGCUGACCUCAGACGAGCUAACACUGAGUCAGGAGACGGGCCCGGACGGCACGUACCGGUUCGGGCCGCUGGAGCAGGGCCGGCAGUACCGCGUACGGGCCGAGAAGACCUCGUACGAGUUCAGCGAGCCCGACGACAACGGAGACAUCGUGGCCAGCAAGCUGGCCGAGAUCCUCGUGGAGCUGCAGGACGAGCGGGCCGCGCCGCUCGAGGGCGCGCUGGUGUCGGUGUCGGGCGGGCUGUACCGACGCAACGUGGCCAGUGGUCCGGCCGGGCGCCUGCAGUUCGCGGCGCUGUCGCCGGCCCAGUACUACGUGAAGGCCAACAUGAAGGAGUACCGCUUCACGCCGCCGCACCACAUAGUGGACAUCCUGGACGGAACCACUCACAAUCUCACAUUCAGGGGCACCCGCGUGGCGUGGUCGGCGUGGGGUCACGCCUGGCAGGUGGGCGGGGCCCCGGUGGGCGGCCUGCCGCUGCGCGCUCGCUCGCUGUCGCCGCGCUGCGCCGCGCAGGACGCUACCUCCACCACCGACGGAUACUUCAAGAUUCGCGGGCUGGUGCCGGAGUGCCAGUACGUGCUGGAGCUGCGGGACACGGCCGGCACGGACCUGGCCAGAGCCUACCUCGUCAAGGGGCCCGACGUGGUGCAGGUGCGCGGCGCGGACGUGGAGAGCGUGCGGCUGGUCGUGAUGCAGCCCGCGCGGCUGACGGACGUGACGGUGCGGGUGCGCGCGCACGCCGACCACUACCGCGCGCUGCGCCUGGCGCUGGCCGCCGAGCACGCCGCGCAGCCGCAGUACGUGGCGCGCGCCGCGCCCGCGCUGCACACGCUGCCGCGCCUGCCCGCCGACAACGGCACCUACCACCUGCGCCUGGAGGCCUCGCUGUCCCGCGCCACGCACGACUACCAAGAGCCUGUGCUCACCUUCCAGGCGGACGGCCGCGCCCACCACUUCGACAUCUACUUCGAAGCCCAGGUGAAGUCGUCGGAUCAGGAGCUGCGCGCCAGCUCGCUGGUGGUUCUGGCGCUGGUGACGCUCCUGGGGGUGGGGCUACGGAUGGGGUACGCGCGCCGCGACCGGCUCAUGGCGGCCCUGGCUCCCGCCCGCCAGCGCCAGCCCAAGAAGAAGACGCACUGACCGCACAACUGACACUCAACCGGACUUGCACCUCCUACUUCACGUGCCUCUCCAUUACUGGAGGUCACCAGUGUUUUAAACUUCUCCUUGUCCAUGGCUAGGCAGAAUAGUGCUUGGACUGUUUUCAUGCCAGUCCACUCCCUUAUGUGUCUAAGCCAAGACUUAUUUCUUCUUCUUCUUUCUAGGGCUACUGAGAAAAGAAAUUCUUCAAAAAUAUUACUGCUAUUAUAGAAACUGUCUCGAGUGUGACUUCAAGUUGUGAUAGAUUGUGACUGGACCUUCAUACGUUCUACAUAAUAUAUUCCAUUAGAAAAUCCUCUUGAAACUGUUGAUGAAGCACUCGCUUUUGAGUGAUACGCAUGAAGACUUCCGUUCAGUUGUAUGAGAGAUGUUGAAUAAUCUGAAUAUGAAAUGAAAAUCAUGGUUGGGUUUGUUUUUUAAAUUAAUUUGUUUUUUAAACUUGUUUUCAGUUUGAUUGCAUAGUUCUUCUGAAUUGUUUAUAGGAUGAUAAGGAAAAUCAAUGUUACCUGUUGUAUGGACCUUUAUGACAGAUGUUUGUCUUGUAAUAUAGAUCUCUGUCACGAUUAAAACAAAACUUUCGUAUAUAUUCCAUUAAGCCAGGUUAAUUUUUUAAUUUUUAACAAAACAUGUUAGCAAAACGGUCCAUCUGCUGCACUUGUUAUUGUUUAUGUUUCAUUUCAACAAUGAGUUCCGACGAAAUGCAUGCAGUGUUUUGUAUUUUUAUAAUCUACUAAUUGUAAUAUCCCAAAGAACCGGUCUUUCUGUUAUCAGUCAGUCUCCAUCCAUUUUUCGCUGUAAACAUGUUAAGAUGUUUUAUUUAACAAAACUGUUAAGCCGCGCCCCUAAUCUGUUUAUAUAAAACCUGUUUUUGUGUUAACAAACACGAAAACACCGCGCAGCGGACGCGGCUUUAGUAUGAUAUAAUAUUAUGUUACUCUGGUUUUCUUUAUAUUAAUACAUUUUUCGUGGAAAUCUUUUAAUGUUUUGAAAAUAUAAUACGGCAAGUCACUCGUCUGUUUGGCCCCUCUAAAAAAAAAGAAAAUGUAAUAUUUUAUUUUCUAUUAGAGGGGCACAAUCAAUAUGACUAUAAAUAAAUAUUCCCUGGAACUUCAGAUGUAAUUUUUGGAACUAGUGAGUAAGGAAUCAUAUCGUCGUAUUAUAGUAAGGUUACUGGUGUAGGUGGAGUAUGAAUUGUUUUUAAUUUAUUUCAUAAUUUUAUUAAAUUUAAUAUUUUAAUUAAAUGAAUUAAUUGUAUGAAAUGUCAUUGAAUUGAGUUGUUAAAUAAAUGUAAGUUUUAAAUAUAA